AUGCCACUGAAACCAAAUCGUUGGGGACACAAAAUGUUUGUCUUAGCUGGUGGUGAAAGUGGUAUUUGCUAUGAUUUCAUAUUCUAUACAGGCAAAGGUGAAAAGUCUGAGUAUGGAUUUUGUACAAAAAUCGUUCUUGCACUUUGUGAGACAGUUCCUCAUGAUAUCAAUCACAAACUUUAUUGUGAUAAUUUUUAUACCACAAUUGCAUUUCAAGUAGAGUUAUUCAAACUGGGAAUUUUUACUGUUGGUACAGUGAGAUCGAAUCGAUUAGCUGGUUUAGUUAUGAAAACUAAAACAGAGUUAUCAAGGGAAGCUGAGGCUUUACUUAAAUCUACUCCAUUACCACCUACAGUGAAACCUGGACGUCCUUCUUUGAAAUUAUCAUUAGUUGAGAACAAUGCUUCAACAUCACCAAGAGCUGCACUGAGUCCUCUACCAUCAAAAAGUGUUCGCACAUCAUCAUCAUCAUCAUCACCAUCAAUAUUUACUGUUUAUAAUCGUAGUGGUUCAUAG